AUGCCUGCACGACCUACCGUGUCAUUUCGAUUUGAUGACUACUCAACCCCAUUGGUCACACAUGGCAAAUCCAGCGGCGCCUUUUACUUUGAAACAAACCGCGCCAGGUCGCCCUUGCGUGCGUACUCGAGAAUACAGAUCGUCCGAACGCUUCUCAUUGCGGCGAUUGCUUUCAUCGCUGAGUGUCGAUUUCUAUCAGAUGGCUCGAUGCUGUCAGGUACGGUGGUCUUCUUCGGAACUUCUUCCAAGAGGUAG